GGGUGGGGGCGUCAGAGGCCGGAGAAAGGGGCAGACUUCCCCAGGCCAGACCCUAUUCGCUGGGAGAGGGAGAGAGAGAAGUGGGUUGCCCCUGCCAUUGCAGAGGUGGGCUGGGGCGAGGGUCACCAGGGCUAGGAAGAUUGGCCUGCCUUGGAGCCGCUAGGCUGGGACUUCCCUACCAGCCCAGUGGUGGAGGGGCGGGGGCGAAGCAGACAGGAAAGGUGCUGAGGAGGAUGAGAAGAGAAUGGACCCCCUCUGGCAACCCCCCUCACAAAGGUUAUGGCAUUUUUUCCUGGGAUUGUCACAUUUUCUUAUUCUUUUUUUGGACUGGGCGGGCUCGGGGACGUUCUUUUUCCUUCUGUGGAGCAGAGCAGCAGCUGUUCCCGAGGGAACCUCUGUCCCCAGAGGCCAGACUUACUGCCCGUCCAGCUUCUCCCAUCCCAGAUCUAAGGGCCAAAGCCUGGAUGGGGCUGGGGAAGGGGAAGGAGCCCCCUUCCACAUGCCCGGAUGAGGAGCAGGAGCUCUGAUUCUGAUCCUGUACCCUCACCAGGAGAGAAAGCAGGUGCCCCAGAGGCAUAAGUGGUCCCAGCCGGCCUGGGGAUGGUGCAGGGAGCCAGGUCCAGGGGUGGGCGACAAGGUCCAGGGCCUACAACCAGGGCAGAGGGGCAGCCUCUCCCCCUCUCUGCCACAAACUCGGUCCCCAGCACCUGGGCGCUGCACUCUCAGGCAGGUCCCCUCCUCCAGUUCAGAGAUGAUUUGGAGAAGGCAGGCUAGGGAGUUUAAUCUUCAGGGAGCUAGGGGGCGGUGGGGGGGAAUUGGGGCCCUGCCCCCACUCACAGUGGGUGGAGAUGCAGAGGAGGAAGAGCCGCUCUGCCUGGGGAAGUCACAGCCCGACUGGGGUACAGCUACCAGACCUCAGAGGUUGCCACACCCCUUCCUUUCCCUAGAAACUUGACCCCUGCGGGAAGGCAAGCUGUGGGGCUGCUGUUUCCCCAUCUUGUCUGUUUGCUGGAAGCUUGAUGGUCCACCUUCCCAUGAUCCAGGGGAAGCCAGGCAGGCGACCAAGGGCCAAGACCCCAUGGGCCCCUACACCUGGCCCCCAGAUCUGGGUCAGGGCAGGGGCCUCUGCAUGCUCAGACUCUGGUGCCCUCAGCGUGGAUAUCUCGGGCUGUCACCUCUGGGCACCAGCACCUGGCCAGGAGACGGGACGCCGGGGUUGCCCAGCCUGUGACCGCCCUGGGGCCCAUCCUGCAACAUCGUUUUCCUCUCCUGCCAUCGCAGACCCCAAGAGGCCAACUGAACCAAACAGGCACUGAAAGGCCAAAGCUGAGGAAUGGGGGACAGCAGAGAGAAUGUUCAUUUAAUGAGAAAAUAAAGUGAAACCAAGUCGUGAGCCUCUCGCGGCGGGGUUUCAGAAGACCCCCAGGCUGUGGUGACAGGAACAGGUGUCCUGGAACAGGCACCGCGGAGCCCUGGCAACCUCCUCCACCCAUCCAUGCCCACCCCACCUGAGGCUGAGAAGCAGCAAACAGGGCCAGAGGAGGCGGACCAGCCCCCCUCGAUGUCCAGUCAUGAUGCGGCCCCCCCGGCUCCCCCCAGGCGAAACCCCUGCUGCUUGUGCUGGUGCUGCUGUUGCAGUUGCUCUUGGAACGAAGAGCGGCGGCGGGCCUGGCGAGCCUCGCGGGAGAGCAGGCUGCAGCCCCUUCCCAGCUGCGAAGUCUGCGCCACGCCGACACCGACCCCAGAAGAGGUGCGGAGCUGGGCGCAGUCCUUCGACAAGCUGAUGCACAGCCCGGCGGGUCGCAGUGUAUUCCGGGAGUUCCUGCGCACGGAGUACAGCGAGGAGAACAUGCUCUUCUGGCUAGCCUGCGAGGAGCUCAAGGCCGAGGCCAACCAGCACGUGGUGGACGAGAAGGCCCGGCUCAUCUACGAGGACUACGUGUCCAUCCUGUCCCCCAAGGAGGUGAGCCUGGACUCCCGGGUGCGGGAGGGCAUCAACAAGAAGAUGCAGGAGCCGUCGGCGCACACGUUCGAUGACGCACAGCUGCAGAUUUACACGCUGAUGCACCGAGACUCCUACCCCCGCUUCCUCAGCUCCCCCGCCUACCGCGCCCUGCUGCUCCAGGGAGCCUCCCAGUCCUCUAGCGAGGCCUAGGCUGCCCACGUGGCCGCCCAGAUGUGGGACGCCUCCCGCGGCAGAGACUCCUUUCACGAGAGCGCUUCAGCAGGUGUCAGGCACAUCCACCGGGCCCAGCACCCUGGGGUGGUCCCAGGCAAGAGUGCCAGGUGCAGUGCCAGAGGCCCCUUCCCCACCCCGGGGACGCAGUGUCCCUGGGUCCGUCUGAGAGGCAGGCGUGAGUGCCUCUGAGCCCAGGCGACCUUUCUUGAAUCAAUCACCCCCUGCCUCUGGCCACGGAGCCCUCCUGCUGGGGUUCCCACGUGGGGAAAGGAGGUACCCUCCCUGGAAGCAUCCUGGAGCCACAAACCUCACAGGGUCCCUGGGAAACCCUUUCGUGGAGAGCAGACCUUCUGUUUGGUUCUGUAACACAAGGAGACCUCUGCCUGGAGCCGUCUGCACCCUGCGAUCAGACUGAGGACCUCAGAACUAGGCUCAAGGCAGCAGGACCUGAUUUCUCUUUUAUAUGAUCAUUGAGUUUAAACCAGGAAACAUGGCACUGUGUGUCUUAUCAAAAAAAGAAAAUGUUUUCAUAUUUAACUCCGCUCCUCUUACUCCCAAAAUAGAAUCUUAUUAUUGAA